GUGGAAAACAAUCACCUAAUUUGUGAAAACUUAGGAAGUGUGCUUGACUCAAAAAAACCCAUUGAACAGCAACUGAAUCACCCCUUAUAAAGCUUUGCCUUCAACUUACAAAUUUUCAACAAGAUGGCUAAAAUGGCAGCAAUUUGCAAUGUCUUGAUCAUUUCAACAGCCUUGGCGGCCACCCCUUCGAUGGCAGCAUCCCUGGUCACCUUUAUUUUUGGUGACUCAUUAACAGAAGUUGGGAACAACAACUUCCUACAACUCUCCCUUGCAAAGUCGAAUUAUCCUUUUUACGGGAUUGAUUAUAUUGGUGGAAAAGCAACAGGGAGAUUCACAAAUGGAAGAACCAUUGGUGACAUUAUAUCUUCAAAACUUGGGGUCCCUUCACCCCCACCAUAUCUUUCAUUGGCACCAAAUGAUGAUGCACUUCUAAAAGGAGUAAAUUAUGCAUCUGGUGGAGCUGGAAUUCUCAAUGAAACAGGGCUUUACUUUAUACAGAGGCUAUCAUUUGAUGAUCAGAUCAAGAAUUUUGAGAAGACAAAGGAAUCAAUCAAGGCUAGAAUAGGUGAAGAGGCAGCCAAUAAGCUUUGCAAUGAAGCAGUCUAUUUCAUUGGAUUAGGUAGCAAUGACUAUGUCAACAACUUUCUUCAGCCCUUUCUAGCAGAUGCUCAACAAUACACACAUGAAGAGUUUUUAGGGCUUCUUAUUUCGACCUUAGGUGAACAAUUCACAAGGCUUUACCAACUUGGUGCACGGAAGAUGAUGUUCCAUGGGAUUGGGCCGCUUGGCUGCAUCCCGUCCCAGAGGGCAAAAUCAAGCCGAGGACAAUGCCUAAAACAAGUCAAUCUGUGGGUGCAGCAAUUUAACUCCGAAGUACAGAAGCUACUUGCCAAUCUAAACAGACAUCUACCAUCUGCACAAUUUUCCUUUGCAGACACUUAUCAAGCAGUUCUUGAUUUAAUCGACAACCCUACUGCAUAUGGUUUUAAGGUAUCGAAUACAUCAUGUUGCAAUGUGGACACAAAACUUGGAGGGCUUUGUGUACCUAACUCAAAGGUAUGCAAGAAUCAUAGCGAGUACGUAUUUUGGGAUGCUUUCCAUCCUACAGAUGCUGCAAAUGAAGUGCUUGCAGGAAAACUCUUCGCUGAGCUUUUCUCUCACCCUCCUUCGGCUGCUCCAUUGGCAUCUCCUUAAGAAGCCUAUAUUUAGAACAGAUUAGAUAACCAUAGCAUUGGAUGCUAAGGAAACUUUGCCCCAAUCUUUGAUAGCCAGUUCCACAUACAAUGAUAAUAUGAUAAAAAAUCAAAGGAGAUUUAAAAGAGAAUUUCAAGUUUGUAUUCCUACUUUCAUCUCAAAUUAUUCCAAGGAUAUGUAACAUAUGUCGGUACAAUGUAUUGAACAACAUCGGAUAUGAAUAAUCAUGUAGACGUAACAUAUUCUUGAGUUGUUCCAUUCAA